AGCCAGGGCGGGGAACUGCAAUAAAUCCACAGAGAGAGAGAUGCUUUCUCCUUUCUGGGCUUUCCCGAUUUGUGAGCUGGGAGCGAGACAUGGCGCUAAGGAAACACCUGAACGAGGCGAAGAAGCGCAGCGCGGACUCCGGCGUGGAGUCGGAUCGGAGCCUCUUGAGCAAGGAGCAGAGGGACCAGCGCAUCAGUCUCUUUCUGCGGGAUUUCCAGCACCAGGCAAAGGAAAACCUGCGAGAUUUGAAGAAGGAGCUGGCUUCGCUUCUGCAGACAGCUGAGAAGGCAUUCCAGGUGGAGCUGCUGGCCAUGCCGGUGGUCAUGAGAAAAAUGAGGAGGGAGGACUUGAUUGAUCUUAAGGAAGAAGAAGCUGCCGCUGCCACAGUCAUCGCCACUGCCAUGGCAAAUGAUUGCUGCGCAGCAGAUAUGCCAACUCCCAGACUAGUGAGGACCAACAGCAAACGAGUUAAGGUCACGACAAUUGUGGAAUACAAAGGAGAGGAAGAAGAGAGUGGAGCUCCGGCCAGGAAACUGUCUCGAAAGGCAUUUAAAACAAAUUCUCUGGCUUCCUUGGCUUCUGCCGUAAAGGGCAAGCAAGGGACUCCGUCCAGGUCUGCAAACGCCACCCCAAACGGGAGAACCAUUGAGCGAUCGACCUCGAUGCGGGAGAGGCCAGUGUCUGCUUCCAAGUGCAUCUCGUUGGGCUCUAAAAGAUUUCCACAAAGGGGUCUCUCCAAAAGUGCAUCUGCCUCAGAGAGAACGCAGGCGGUGACGCUCCGGAGUAUGUCGAUGCCCCACGAAAGCUCAGUUCCCUUUGUCAACAUCCCUUUGUCUGAUGGAAAGACUCUCUGCUCAGCUGGCGAUGACCUCCAGAACGUCAAUGUGGAAUUAUUGAAUGAGGACACCGUCCAGCAUAUUCACAGCCUUGUGAACCAGUUGACAGUCCUUUGCGGAAAAGCAACCGUUAAGUGAUGUUGAUGGACUCCAUAAACAACCCUUUUUCAUUCUUGGAUCUGAAUAUCCUUGGUUCCUUAUGUUUAAAUAGAUAGGCUUUUUUUUAAGUACUAUUAAACUUGUUAUUUCUCUAUGGA